AUAAGUUAGGUGGUGAGGUAAAUUUGCAAAUGUGCCUUUUUAAGGACCUCACCCAGCAGCAGGGAAAAUUAAGCCUUGGAAGGAAUUUGGCUCCGCAGCCAGUCAUAUGCCUUGCUUUACAACAUACUCAGCCAAUACAGGAAGGAGGGUGAGUAUGUGUGGAAAAAGACAGGUUACGAGAUUAAUUUUUAAGCACUAAAUAUUUAUUGACAGAAUAUCUCUCCAGGCAGUGUUCACAUGCUUAGAACUGAAGCUUUAAAAAUUGGCAGUGCUGUUUAAGCAAACAAAGCCGUCAGUUGAACGCAAUGAUUAACAGGAAGUUGGGGAGCGGACACAGUUCCCAACCCUUGGCUGGAAGAAGAGGCUGGGGUAGAAUUCGUAGGGGGAUGACUUGCAGAAUGGUGAACUCAGCCCUUGGUGAUUUUACGGUAGUGAAAAAUGGCUGCGUUAGAAUCGGAAUCUCCCUGAGGCAGCUUGUUUUUGUGUGGUAGCAGGUUGCAGGUUAACGGGAGCCGGAGCAAAGCAAAUCCAAAGAAGCUACUUCAGAAAUGUGUCGAAGAAAGGUGGAAAUGAAACACAGCAGAGAAUGAGAAGGGAAGGAAGACAGCGAAAGGACAAAACGGUCAACUGGAAGGUCACGGAGCAGCUGAUCAGAAUUGUGUCUACCGAGAGGAUGAUUUAUGGAUUCUGGAGAAAAUGUAAGUUAAAUAUAUCUAUACUCUAAUCAGUUCUUGAAAAACAUUUCCCUCACUUUCUGGUCUUGAAUGAUGGUCUCUUGGAAGCCUUGUCUUUUUACUGUGUCUCUUAUCACUGCCCUGAUUUUUGUGUUUGUUUACAAUAACGAGUUAUGGGAGGAGAAGCAUUUUCUGAAGGCAUCUCUGUCCAAUGCUUCACUGUUAGCACAAGUCUGUCAUCAGAUUUUUAAGGGGAAGGUUUUUUACCCAAGAGAGAAUGCACUGAAAACUACCCUCAGCAAAUCUACCUGUUAUGAGUACAUGGCUCAAAGUCACUAUAUAACAGAAACACUAUCAGAAGAGGAAGCAGAGUUCCCUUUGGCUUAUACGGUGACCAUCCACAAAGACUUUGGCACUUUUGAGAGACUCUUCAGGGCAAUUUACAUGCCCCAAAAUGUCUACUGUGUUCACAUGGAUGAGAAGGCAACAGAUACAUUUAAAGAUUCAGUGAAGCGAUUACUGAGCUGCUUCCCAAAUGCUUUCCUGGCCUCCAAGAUGGAGCCGGUUGUCUAUGGGGGGAUCUCCAGGCUCCAGGCUGACCUGAACUGCCUCAAAGACCUCGCGGCUUCCGAGGUGCCCUGGAAGUACACCAUCAACAUGUGUGGGCAAGACUUUCCCCUGAAGACCAACAAGGAGAUCGUUCGGUAUCUGAAAGGCUUUAAAGGGAAAAACAUCACCCCGGGGGUGCUGCCCCCAGCUCACGCCAUUGGACGGACUAAAUAUGUCCACCAGGAGCUAUUAAGAAAAAAAAAUUCCUGUGUGCUUAAAACAACAAAAUUAAAAACUCCACCUCCUCACAACAUGACCAUUUACUUUGGUACCGCCUAUGUGGCCCUCACAAGGGAAUUUGCCAACUUUGUCCUCCAAGACCAGCGUGCGCUUGACUUGCUCUCCUGGUCCAAGGACACUUACAGCCCUGAUGAGCAUUUCUGGGUGAUGCUCAAUAGGAUCCCAGGUCUGGUUGGCCCAAUGUUUGCAGUGAUCUUUACGGUUGUCAAGCCCUUUCACAGUGACAUGAACUGAGUUGAUAAUUUACAAAUGCUGGAGGUCCUGAUCUACAGUAGUAAAAUGGUCACUGAGCUGUAUGAAUGCCAGCCAUCCUUCCAUUGAAUGAUCGUGCACUGCUCUGCUCCCGUAGUUUUUCUGGAACCUUCCACUUCAUCCUCUGUCCAUCACUUCUUGCUGACAACAGGGUGUCCCAAUCCCCCAGGGCUACAUCCCUCUUUUAAUCCGUGACUUCUUAUCUGUUCAGUUCUGAGUCUGAUUGUUACGAUUGUGUCGUCGAAACUAAGAGUCCAUAGGCUAAGUCUCAAGAGAGUUUCAAAGUACAUGACCUUCAGUGCUUAAAGCAAAGAUGAUACACUGGCAUCCUUAGGGCCAAAUGCAGUCUCUGGGGGUGCAGAUGCAUGCAUACACUUGUGUCUUACAAAUGUGUUAGUGACUU